GAAGAAGAAGAAAUAGCUAUCAGUAUUGAUAAGACACAGCAGUCCUCCGUUUAUUUGCCUAGCUAGCUACUGUCCGUGAAUACUUCAAAAUGUCAUAUUAGAUUAUCUUCAUUGAGCUUUUGACUGAAAUAGAAGUGUGUGCGUUCACAACGAUACUGAAAUUCUAGCCACGGAAAAUUUGCUAACACGCUAGCUAGUGUCAACAAACUGCAAGUGACUAGCGGGUUCAAGUGACCCUGCCCAAAAGCGCGAUGCUGGUAACCGUUUUCUGCGCGCCGAAUGACCGCUCGGAAAUCACAUUUGCUCUUGAUGUGUCUCCAGAGCUUGAACUUAGAGAUUUUGUUGCUCUGUGUGAACUAGAAUCAGGAAUCCCUGCUGGGGAAAUUCAGGUGAACCACUAGCUAAAACAUGCUAACUAGUUGGCUUAGCAUAAACGUGUUAGCAGCUAACGUUACAUCUAGACAUUUUUUUUUUUAUAUCAGCCAGUUAGCUAAUUCAACAUUUUAAUUAUCCAGACAGACUUGACAGUAGUAGCUAGCUAGAAAUAAUAAAUUAACGUAGCUAGUCAGAAUUAACUGUAUUCUUCGUCUGGUCGCUAGCUAACGUUAGUUAUUAGCUAACUUAGCUAGCCUAUGAUCAUGUGUCAACAGUCUAAGAACACAACAACUUCUACUGACUCAUAUAACAUUACCUGUCAAGCUGACCAUUGGUUUGCUUGCCACCUUUUGAUUAACCACCUAGCUAACCAAUUAAGGUAGUCUGGCCAUUAUUUUUCGGCCAGUGUGGAAAGGGAAUGUUUAUUUUGCGUCAUUCCCCCCCCCCCUUCCCUUUCCCCCUUCCCUUCCCUCUCUUCAGAUCACAUAUGCAGAGCAGCCUCUGAAAGACCUGACCCGUGCUUUAGGGACCUAUGGACUUAAGGAUGGAGAUGUGGUGGUGCUUAGACAGGCAGACAGAAGGCCACCACCAGCACAAUCAGCCUUCCCAGGUAAGGUCAACGCUGUUGGGCGAGAAUAGUAAUGUGAAAACGAUCCCUGCCCUGUUACAAGGUCUGAAUUAUUGGAGGAGUCCGGCUGCUCUAGUGAGAGUUUGGUGUGCCGGAGUGUUUAACAGAUCUAUUAACCCUGCACUUAAGUUUUCACUAUUUUGGUUAUUUAUUGGUCCUCAUUAAUGGCUCACUAUUUUAUUAUCUCAGCCCAGUUGUCAACCUGGCAUCAUCUCACUGAACCUGGAACCCACUGUCCUGCUGACACUCUUCUACCCUCCCUGUUUCUUCUCUCUACUCCAGGUAUGCCACGUAUUGACUUCAGUUCCAUCACAGUCCCCGGCACCUCUUCUGGUUCCAGUCAACGGUUCACCCGUAGACAGCAGCAACAGGCCUCAACCUCACAGCAGCAGCGCUCUCCACCCCCUGCUGCACCCCCAUCCCUACCGGGCUCCGCCUCCUCUCCUCAGGGUCUGGAUGACCCUGCCUUACUGCAGCAGAUGCUCUUGGCCAAUCCACACGAGCUGUCCCUGCUCAAGGAGCGCAAUCCGCCAUUGGCUGAGGCCUUGUUGAGUGGAGAUCUGGGUGAGUGGAAGUGGGGAUAGGGGAUAGCAUCAAACCUUCUCUUUCGGUGUUUAAUAUCUUGUCAUUAUAAAGGCUCUGGUUAGAUAUCAAUGCGACUAAUGGGCCUUAAAGGGAUACGCCAGGAUUUAGGAAAUGAAGCCUUUUGUCUACUUCCCCAGAGUCAGAUGAACUUGUGGAUACCAUUUUUAUGUCUCUGCAUGCAGUUUGAAGGAAGUUGAUAACUAGCAUUAGCGCAAUGACUGGAAGUCUAUGGUUACUGCUAGCAUGCUAGUAGAUACCAUAGACAUCCAGUCAUUGCACUAACACUAAUUAGCAUUGGCUGGCAAAACUACCUCUAAAUUCCUUCAUACUGGAUGCAGAGACAUACAAAUGCUAUCAAUGAGUUCAUCUGACUCUGGGGAAGUAGAUAAAGGGCUUAAUUGCCAAAAUCCCAAAGUAUCCCUUUAAGUGUUCAACUAGGAUCUCUAACCAUGUUUCUGACUGCCUCCCGUAGAGCGUUUCACCAAAGUGCUGUUGGAGCAGCAGCAGGAUCGGGCUCGCAGAGAGCAGGAGAGGAUCCGGCUUCUGACUGCCGACCCAUUUGACAUGGAGGCCCAGGCCAAGAUAGAGGAGGACAUCAGGUACCCACACACUCACACAGCCAAGAGGGGAAAGGGAGACGGCAUCAGUCAGGGUCUCUUCUGGAAACAACGUGCUAGUUUACGUAUUGACUUAUGCCCUCUGUCUGAACUAUUUGAGAAAUGUAGGUAUUCAUGUACAUGUUGCUUUCCUUACAUAAUCACACACAAUUUGUACUUCAGGCAGCACAACGUAGAGGAGAAUAUGACCAUUGCAAUGGAGGAGGCCCCAGAGAGCUUUGGCCAGGUGGUUAUGCUCUACAUCAACUGUAUAGUCAACGGGUACCAUGUGAAAGCUUUUGUUGACUCAGGUAAUGAAUGCUAUUAUUUUCUUCCUCAGUGCAAAGCAAAGGCUUCUUUGACUAGGGCAAUAGGGAGACAAUUCAGUUAAGGGUUUGUCUUUUGUUUUGUGGUGUCUAGUAUAGUUUGCCUUGGCUAGUUUUGACAGCUUUGCUCUCAUGAUGAUAUUCUAGCUAUAUCCACUACUAUUCAGUCUUCCAUAUUUUACAAUUGUCUGUAUUUUGCCGCCCAGCUGUAAACCUUCUUGGCUCCUCCCUCCUGUUUCCCAUUCUUUCAUCCACAUGCUCAUAUUCUCUCUACACCACCUCUGACAUCUCUUGAUAAAAAAUAAAAAAAAUAUUUCCCUCCAACUUGCUUGCCCACACUCCAUACAUGUGCCCCAUCUGUUUUUGCCUGCCCUUCCCUACUUCUCCUCUCCUGCCCCCCUUCCUAUGAAAUUAGCAGAUAUAAUUGAAGUCUAUCAAAUAACAUUACCUGCAUCAUUUCUAAUCCCCCUUUUUAUAUAUUUAUAUGCCCAUACCAUAACCCCACCGCCACCAUGGGGCACUCUGUUCACUACGUUGACAUCAGCAAACCGCUCCCCCACAUAAUGCCAUACACGCAGUCUACCAUCUGCCCGGUACAGUUGAACCGGGAUUCAUCCAUGAAGAGCACACUUCUCCAGCUUGCCAGUGGCCCAUUUGCCCACUGAAGUCGGUUACGACGCCGACCUGCAGUCAGGUCAAGACCCUGGUGAGGACGACGAGCAUGCAGAUGAGCUUUCCCGAGACUGUUUUUGACAGUUUGUGCAGAAAUUCUUCGAUUGUGCAAACCCUUCAGUUUCAUCAGCUGUCCGGGUGGCUGGUCUUACAAUAUCCCGCUGGUGAAGAAGCCAGAUGUUGAGGUGCAGGACUGGCAUGGUUACACAUGGUCUGCGGUUGUAAGGCCGGUUGGACGUGUACUGCCAAUUGUACGCUCCCUCAAAACUUGAGACGUCUGUAGCAUUGUGUUGUGUGACACAACUGCACAUUUUAGUGGCCUUUUAUUGUCCCCAGCACAAGGUGCACCUCUGUAAUGAUCAUGCUGUUUAAUCAGCUUCUUCAUAUGCCACACCUGUCAGGUGGAUUGAUUAUCUUGGCAAAGGGGAAAUGCUCACUAACAGGGAUGUAAACAAAUUUGUGCACAAAGUUUUAGAGUAAAUGUUUUUGUGCGUACGGAACAUUUCUGGGAUCUUUUAUUUCAGCUCAUGAAACUUUACAUGUUGCAUUUAUAUUUUUGUUCAGUGUGCAUAUACACUGAGUGUACAAAACAUUAAGAACACCUUCCAAAUAUUGAGUUGCACCCCCUCCCCCCUAUUUGCCCUCAAAACACCCUAAAUUCGUCAGGGCAUGGAUUCUACAAGGUGUCGAAAACAUUCCAUAGGGAUGCUGGCCCAUGUUGACUCCAAUGCUUCCCACAGUUGUGUCAAGUUGCCUGGGAGUCCUUUGGGUGGUGGACCAUUCUUGAUACACACAGGAAACUGUUGAGCGUGAAAAACCCAGCAGCGUUGCAGUUCUUGACACAAACCGAUGUGCCUGGAACCUGCUACCAUACGCUUUUCAAAGGCACUUAAAUAUUUUGUCUUGCCCAUUCACCCUCUGAAUGGCACACAUACACAAACCAUGUCUCAAGGGUUAAAAUCCUUCUUUAACCUGUCUCCUCCCCUUCGUUUACACUGAUUGAAGUGAAUUUAACAGGUUACAUCAAUAAGGGAUCAUAGCUUUCACCUGGUCAGGCUUUGUAAUUGAAAGAGCCGGUGUUCUCAAUGUUUUGUACACUCAGUGUGUACAGUGCAUUCGGAAAGUAUUCAGACCCCUUGACUUUUUCCACAUUUUGUUACAUUACAGCCUUAUUCUUAAAUUGAUUAAAUUGUUUUUUUUUCCUCAUCAAUCUACACACAGUACCCCAUAAUGACGAAGCAAAAACAGGUUUUUAGAAAUUUGUGAAAAUUGAUAUAAUAAAAAAAAUGGACAUUGCAUUUACAUAAGUAUUCAGACUCAGUACUUUGUUGAAGCACCUUAGGCAGUGAUUACAGCCUCGAGUCUUCUUGGGUAUGACGCUACAAGCUUGGCACACCUGUAUUUGGGGAGUUUCUCUUAUUCUUCUCUGCAGAUCCUCUCAAGCUCUGUCAGGUUGGAUGGGGAGCGUCGCUGCACAGCUAUUUUCAGGUCUCUCCAAAGAUGUUAGAUCGGGUUCAAGUCCAGACUUUUCUCUGCGUUUGAUAGCGGUCGCUGUCCGUGGUUCUGAAAUAUCAUUGUGCUGUUGAAUUGGUGCCUUUUCCUAGAAAAUGUUGCUAUGUGCAUAAUAGCAAAGUUAGCCAGCAUAUUGUUGUUGAGAACAAUGCGGUGGAGGCAGCAGCGGAGUUGGGAGACGAGAAAACAGCCCUUGCCUUAAUUGUCUACGAAAAGUGAGGAGAGGUGAAACCCCAACUUAAUUAGGUCUCUAAUCAAUAGCCUAACUGUUAAAUGUGCCUGGCUUUAUAAAUCAUCCAUAUAUACAGUGGCUUGCGAAAGUAUUCACCCCCCCCCCCAUUGGCAUUUUUCCUAUUUUAUUGCCUUACAACCUGGAAUUAAAAUUGAUUUUUGGGGGGUUUGUAUCAUUUGAUUUACACAACAUGCCUACCACUUUGAAGAUGCAUGUCUCUAUAAGCUUGGCACAUCUAGCCACUGGGAUUUUUGCCCAUUCUUCAAGGCAAAACUGCUCCAGCUCCUUCAAGUUGGAUGGGUUCCGCUGGUGUAGAGCAAUCUUUGUCAUACCACAGAUUCUCAAUUGGAUUGAGGUCUGGGCUUUGACUAGGCCAUUCCAAUACAUUUAAAUGUUUCCCCUUAAACCACUCGAGUGUUCCUUUAGCAGUAUGCUUAGGGUCAUUGUCCUGCUGGAAGGUGAACCUCCGUCCCAGUCUCAAAUCUCUGGAAGACUGAAACAUGUUUCCCUCAAGAAUUUCCCUGUAUUUAGCGCCAUCCAUUGCAGCUCCUUCAGGGUUAUCUUUUGUCUCUUUGUUGCCUCUGAUUAAUGCCCUCCUUGCCUGGUCCAUGAGUUUUGGUGGGCGGCCCUCUCUUGGCAGGUUUGUUGUGGUGCCAUAUUAUUUCCAUUUUUUAAUAAUGGAUUUAAUGGUGCUCUGUGGGAUGUUCAAAGUUUCUGAUAUUUUUUUAUAACCUAACCCUGAUCUGUACUUCUCCACAACUUUGUCCCUGACCUGUUUGGAGAGCUCCUUGGUCUUCAUGGUGCCGCUUGCUUGGUGCCUCUGGGGCCUUUCAGAACAGGUGUAUAUAUACUGAGAUCAUGUGACAGAUCAUGUGACACUUAGAUUGCACACAAGUGGACUUUAUUUAACUAAUUAUGUGACUUCUGAAGGUAAUUGGUUGCACCAGAUCUUAUUUAGGGGCUUCAUAGCAAAGGGGGUGAAUACAUAUGCACACACCCCUUUUCCGUUAUUUAUUUGUAAAUUUUUUUGGAAACAAGUUAGUUUUUUCAUUUCACUUCACCAAUUUGGACAAUUAUGUGUAUGUCCAUUACAUGAAAUCCAAAUAAAAAUCAAUUUAAAUGACAGGUUGUAAUGUAACAAAAUAGGAAAAACGCCAAGGGGGAUGAAUACUUUUGCAAGCCACUGUAUCUUAAAUAAGACAGAUCCCGAGUGUUUAAUAGCCUACUGAUUCCGUGAGCACCAAGCCUCACGCAGCCACAUGAUUUCACAACGUUUUUUGUCUUUGCUAUGCUGUAAUAAAGGCUUUAAACUUGUUUUUCGUUAGAACAGCUUCUCUGGGAUUACCUAUAAUUUUAGUGUUUACAUUGUUCUAAAUUGUCAGACAAAUUAUAUUUAUAAUAACAACCCUCCUUUUUCUUGAUCUCCUUCUUCUUAUUUGUAUUAUUAUGAUCAUCAUUAUAAUAAUAAGUAAUGUCGUUAUCAUUAGUAGGCUUAGUAUAGCAGCCUUGUAUAACCACCAACGAGCUCUAGGCCUAAGAGCGCAUCCUGGUUAGUCUUAAUACCAUAACAUACUUAGGCCUAUAUUUCAAUACUUGUACAGCAGGGGGGUGGGCAACCUUUUGGCUCAAGGGCCACAUUGAGUUUUUGAAACCAAGUGAAGGGCCACAUACUAUAUGCGUGACAAAACAUGUGAGGCCUUUAUUCAUUUUCACAUUGACACGCAACUACUAGUGCACUGUAGGUGUACAUAUGCUUGCAGAACAAUUCUACCCUUGUACCAUCUCUACCCUUGUUUUUUUGUGAACACAUUUUUCACAAAAUUGAUAUAAUUUAUAACAUCACAGACACAGUCAAACGCACACAGAGAUCCUGCAUCUCUACCCUUGUAAAGUACAAUCAAACUUAGUCACAAUAUGCACAUUUUAAAAUAUAUAUAUUAUAUGACUGGAGAUAUGCAAAAUAUAACCGCAGAUGUGAAGAAAAAAAAAAACUAUUCUAAAAUUUGAGUUAAACAUAUGGUAAGAGCAUCCAUUUCAUUUGGAAUGGUCUGUUUUUGAAAGCAUAUUAAGGAACAAUUCUCAUCUCCAUUGUGAGCCAUAUUUACAGUUAUCCAAUCACCUCAGCCCAAAUCUGACUGAUUAGUUAUUACCUGUAUCCAUGUUCAUUGCUGGAUAAUUCUCACUGCAUAACCAUCACCAUGAGAAAGCAUAAUCCUUGCCUACCCCAGUCACGGUUAUUCAAGUCUUAAUGUGAACAAUGGGUCUGGUCACCUCUCUUGGCAAGGGCAUCAAAGUCUGGUGUCAUCUUUGAUGUAGAGAUUCUCAGAACAGCUAACAAGUGGUCAUUUGUUAAAUUUGACCUGUGACGGGAUUUGUUGUAAUUCAUGACUGUGAACGUUUGUUCACACACGCGGACCUGAAUAAAACAAGCAUCCUUUGGGCGUGCUUUUUAAUGUUUGGAAACGUUGUUUCAUUCAGUGUGCCAUAGCACUGGUCUAUUGUUGCUGUUUUGUACUUCUCCUUCAAAGCACUGUCACAUUGGAUGUCGAUGAGCUCCAAUUGUGUGUCUGGUGGUGCUUUCUCACUGUCGAAAGACAGGGGGCAUGAUACAAGCUCCAGCUCAGUCUCAAUCUUGGUGAAGUCUGAGAAGUGGUGGGAAAACUCAGCAUGCAGGUUGAUCAAAGUGCUACUGUAUGUCUCAGUGCGGCACUGCGAUGUGGGCUCGUUCAGUGCGGCCAGUGUCGGAAAAUGCUCAUUUAUCUGGAGAACAACAUAAGUUUGGCCUUGAAUGUGUUCAUGUUGGAAUACAGUUCAUGCACAAAAACACAAUUUCCCUGCAAUUUCACAUGUAGAUCGUUCAGAUGCCCCAAUAUGUCCACACUGAAAGAAAAGUCGCCCAGCCAGUCUGUCUUUCAACUCUGAGAAGUCGUCAGCUUUACCAACCGUAUCAAGGAAUGUACCCAUCUCCCCUCUCAGUUCCCACACACAGCAAAAUACUUUUCCCAGCGCACAUUUGAAUGGUACAACAAGGCCUGGUGCUCUGCCUCUGUGUCAUUGAGCAGCUGAAUGAACUGAUGAUGGUUAAGCCCCCUUGCCUGUAUAAAGUUGAGAAGUUUUACAACCACUUUGACAACAUUUUCCAGCUUUAGCACACUUUUAGCAUGUUUGCUUGAAAAAUUACGAUUGAGAUUAUAUUCCUUAAAAACGUCAACAGUUUCUUGGCAUAUCAGCCUUAUGUCCAAUGUUGGUAAAAAAGUAUUUUGCUGUCCAUUCUUCUUUAAACACACGACAUUCAGUGUCCACUUUUCUCAUUUUCGCAGCACUCAUUUUUCACGUCAAAAGUCAUCAAGCAUUGAAGUGGCUAUGAUGACUGAGCGCAUUCUGAAUCUGACUGUAGGCCCAAAUACAGAGCGCGCUGCCAGGCUACAGCGCCAUCUAUUGGAGGUUGUUUGUAUGUCAUGGAAUGAGUAAUUCUAGGCCAAAAAUCAUAACUCAAAUAUAAUAAUAUAUUUAAUACAUUUAAAAAAUGUCUCGCAGGCCAGAUUGAAGUGCCCGGCGGGCCGUACAUUGCCCCCCCUUGUACAGGCUACUGUAUCUAUCAAUCAUUCAUUUGUUCAUGAAAUCACACAGCAUAUGAGUCAUUCAUGAUUUUAAAAUGCAAUCAAGCAUUUUAGUUUUGACAAACCCUUGAAAAAUUAGCAUAAACAAUAAAUCAACCGUUCCAUUUUGGGAAUUGCAUUCACGCAUGCAUACGACUGUUUUUAGUCUUUGCAAAACAACAACAACAUUACAACAGACUCUGGUACGCUUAUAAUGUAGUGUUUAAAGUGUCCCAAACAGUCACAAUUAUAUUGUAAUCUAACAGCACCUGUUUGGCACAUGUAAUAGGCAGCACUAGCUCCUUACCUUAUUUUUCUUGACCUCUAGUAUUUUCCACAACUAGUCAAAUUUAUUCCACACAUCUGAUUCCUGAGCAACCACUCUUGGACCGGACUCCAAAAGUGAGCCACUGAAGUACCAAAAGAGAUGAUCUAUUGAUUCUGUUUCUUUGUGGCAGUCUGUACAGGGCUGACUGUUGAAUGCCCCAUAUAUUGAGCAUUCUUUUUGUAGCGAGAAUUUUAUAUAAUAGUUUAAAUUGAAAAGAACAGAUUGAUGUGUCAAUUGUUUUAUUUUAUUUUUUAUAUCAGUUCAUAAACCCCAUGCCAUGCAUGGUAUUGGGACAUAAACAAUCUGUUCCCAACUAUCUUAAAUUUAAUGCGGCAUAGUUGUCAAACCUCUCGACCUUAAGUGAAACUGAUACAUUUUACGAUUCGUACUAGUCAUUCGUACUAGUCAUUUUAAGCCAUGCAUAGUUUUUCAUUGGAGGCAGACAAACCAAUUAAUUUAUUUCUCUUUUGAGCAUUUGCCUAUUUCAUUUUUGUGGCAGAGCUGCGAUGAGUUGGUUAUACUUUUAUAUUGAGCAUACAUCUCCAUACACAUUUGUUAAUUGCUUGUGUGACAAUUUUACCAUCCUUAUUUACAGUGUAAUUUUUAAACAUGAUACCGUCCUUUAUACAUUUUUCCCCAAAUAUAUUGGUAUUUCCUCUAUCAGUACAUUGGAGUUUAGUCGUGUUAUUUGCUGUAAUAUUUGUUCUGCCUCUUCUGGAGGAUGAAAUUGGAGUUGAAUACUUUAAACAGGGAUCCAUUUUCAAUUCACCGGAAAUGGUUGGUUUUAAUCUGUAUAAUGGCAAAAAGCCCCCCUUUUGAACAUUGGAUGUGCCUCUCUUAAGCCUUGUUUUGUUUUUCAAAUCCGGUUUGGGAUACUGACUGUCCAAACAGCAAGUUACAAGUGACCAAAUCGGAUUUGUGUGUGUUCAGACAGCAGUCAUUUGGUGACAUCUACUCUCGUUGUCAUAGUAAUGACGGCUGUGUGCACAGUGGUGUAGGCUGAUUGGUGGUGGUGCUCGUGCUUCCUAUAUCUCAGAAGUUAUGUAACAAGCAACGGUGACAACAAUGCCUGCCAUGGAUGUUUUCCAGUUGCUUUGAAUGUAAUAAUCAUAGUGCAAGAACACAUUUAAAGCCUCAAAGGAUAAGAUGAUCCAACUUUCAAAACUAGUCCUUUUUGGCUAGCCAUAGCAGUCAACUAGGUAGCUGUUUAGCUUUCUAGCACAUUCACUCAUUUGUUUGUAAACAAUUAACAAGCUAGUUAGCUGCCACAGUAGCAAGCAAGCAACAAGAUAUGCCAAAUAAGUCUAAAAACAACUUGAGGGCAAAUAAAUCAGAUUUGACCGUUCAGACAAGUCGAAUGGCCAGGAAUCAGAUUUGUAUCUGAUUUCAAACCACCUACAAAGGGGGUUUGAAAUGUGGCUUGAAAUAUCGGAUUCCAUGUGCUUUUUGGCUGUUCAGACUGCAGGAAAAAGAAACAGAUAUGCAAAAAAAAGGAUUUUGAGUCACCUAAAACUGCCAAUGUGAACAAGGCUUUAGUAGCCUGCUGGAAAACCAGUUUAGAUAUAAUUUUGGUAUAAUGGAGGCUUUAAGAGGGAGGUUUAAUGCCUUAAUAUUUAUGUUUUAACCCUCCAAACUCAUGUUCAUUAUAUAAAUAUUCCUGUUUAACCUUUAACUGGUUUGCCAUUCCAAAUAAAAGUCGGUAGAGCUCUUCCUUUUAUUUGUUCUCACCCCUCUCUCUCCCGUUGCCUGCUCCCGCUCAUCCAGGGGCCCAGAUGACCAUCAUGAGUCAGGCGUGUGCCAAGCGCUGUAACAUAAUGCGUCUGGUGGACCGACGGUGGGCCGGCAUCGCCAAGGGAGUGGGCACCCAGAAGAUCAUUGGCAGAGUCCACUUG